AUGGCGGACGCGGUAUCUUACGUUGUGAAGCGCGUCCAGUUUUUCGGCCGCGGCGUGUCAGUGGUUUUGCAGAACGUCAACGGACCCUGUCCGCUGCUGGCGAUAGCCAAUGUCCUGAGCCUGCGCAACCAGCUCAAGCUGCCGCGCGAGUCCCGCAGCAUCAGCCAGGAGCAGCUGGUCACCUUGGUGGCCGACCUGCUGCUGGACGCAUCCAAGCAGUACGAGCGCGCGUCGGCCACCCCCGAGGCGGCCGCCCACGCGGCGCACGCCGUGUCGGAGUGCUUCGACGUGCUGUCUAAGCUCGCCACGGGGAUCGACGUGAACGUCAAGUUCCACUCGGUGCACGCAUUUGAGCCGACGCGGGAGGUGGCUGUCUUUGACCUCCUGGGGAUCAGCCUGGUGCACGGCUGGCUGGUCGACCCGGAGGAUGUGGGGACAGCGGCGGUGUUUGGCAACAGGUCGUACAACGAGCUCGUGGAGCUGCUGCUGUCGGCGCUCGGCGGCAGCGAGGUCGAGCGGCUGUCGAGCGCGACCAGCCUGGUCAUGCUGCCGCGGGGCGGCGGCGGCAGCGGGAUCAGCGCGGCGGCGGCGGCGGCGGCGGCGGCGGCGGCGGCGGCGGUUGACGCGGCGGCGGCGGGAGCUCCUGCGAUAGAGGCAGGCGGCGCGGCAGAGCCGCGCCCGCAGCAGCGGCUGCCGCUGCGGCUGGCACGGCUGCUGCUGCUGCCGCUGCUGACUCGGCUGUGCUGGAGCCCGAAGAGGCGGCUGUGGAGUCCGUUCUAG